GAGGAGGAGGAGGAGGAGGAGGGAGUUGAAGGAAGCCAAUUUUGAGCCGGCUGACUACAUCUUCUCCUUCCUUCCUUCCUUCUUUUUUUUGCAAACUUUUUCCCGGCGCCCCGUUUUCUUUCUUUCUUUCUUUCUUUCUUUUUGUUGGUCCUUUCACUUUCUGUCCUUUCACUUUUGUCUCCCUCCCUCCCUCCUUCCCCUCUUCUUUUAUUUAAUUUUAAUUUUAUUUUAUUUUUGGGGAUGGGAUUUGCUCCCGUUGCCUUCAAAAUGAUCCCGGCGAGCGGGGAGCCCACCCCGACCCCAAACUGAGCAAAAACCCGCUCGCUUCUUUCUUUCUUUCUCUCUCUCUCUUUCUGUCUCUUUCUCUUCCGCGCACGCCUUCCUUUUUUUUGCAAGCUCCUCUAGUUUUUCAACGGCCGCCAGAAAUGCAGCGUCGCCCGGCAGAGUAGCUGCCGGUCUCUCGGCUCCCCCAUCCCACCUCGCCCCGCCACCCCUCCGCCGCGAACCCGUGUCGGGGAAAGAAGCCCCGGGGGGGAAGAAGAAGCGCCCCUUAAAUCCCAUCGCCCGGCUUGGGCAACGACUCCCCCCCUCCCCUCUUCCCUCUCUCUCUCUCCCCCCUCUCGGCGUUGUCGGAAGCCCGGCGCUUUUGCAGCUCGCAUUUGCGCUCCGGUUGACCGAUUUUUUCUCCCCGGCACUCCCGAUUCCCGCAAACCGAAAGAUCGCGCUCCGCUUUCCCUGCAGCAGAGAGGUGAUCCCGUGGAAAGGGAAAGCAGAAAAGUGUCGGAUCCGGGGCAAGGCGGCCAGUGGAGCCGGCUUGGGGGAGCAAUUUUCUGCCGGUGAUUUCUUUUUUUCCGGCUUUCUCAAAGCUCGUCGUUUGCCCCCCCAAACUUCGCUCCGGAUUGGAGGAAAGGAAAAAAAAAAGGGGGUUUAAUUCGAAGCAAACCCCUCCACCCCACUCCCCGCUCCGGCGUGUUUUUUCCUCCCCCCCCUUAUUGCAAAACUUUCUUCCCACUUUUGUUUUUUGGAUCGCUGCUCUUAAAAGACAAACUUUCAGAAAACUUUUUGUGCAAGUGAAAGUUUUUUUUCCCCCCCCCCCACGGAGUCGGUUGUCUUUAUUUUUCCCCCCCUCCUUUUUUUUUUUUUUUUUGCACGGGGGCGACUGCCGUUAAAGAGAAGCCGCCGCCGUUCUCCCCGGUUCAUCCCGGUCCCGCGGAGGACAGCAUGGAAGUGACUACGGAUCAGCCCCGCUGGGUCAGCCAUCACCACCCGGCCGUCCUCAACGGGCAGCACCCGGAUUCCCACCACCCUGGACUCAGCCACUCCUACAUGGACCCCACGCAGUAUCCUCUGGCCGAGGAAAUGGAUGUACUUUUUAACAUCGACGGGCAGGGCAACCACGUCCCUUCCUACUACAGCAACUCCGUGCGGGCUACGGUGCAGCGGUACCCCCCGACCCAUCACGGUAGCCAGGUGUGUCGCCCACCUUUGCUGCACGGGUCUCUCCCAUGGCUGGAUGGGAGCAAAGCUUUGGGAAGCCACCACGGUGCUGCCCCAUGGAAUCUGAGUCCUUUCUCCAAAGCUCCCAUCCACCACGGCUCGCCGGGACCUCUUUCGGUCUACCCUCCGGCUUCUACCUCCACGCUGUCGGCGGGCCACUCCAGUCCUCAUCUCUUCACUUUCCCGCCGACCCCUCCUAAAGAUGUCUCUCCGGAUCCUUCCAUCUCCACCCCGGGUUCCACGGGGUCCAGCCGUCAAGAAGAGAAGGAGUGCAUUAAAUAUCAGGUGUCUCUGGCCGAAACGAUGAAGCUGGAAUCGUCUCAUUCCCGGAGCAACAUGGCGUCCUUAGGAGCGUCAUCUUCCGGUCAUCAUCCGAUCGCCACUUAUCCUUCCUACGUUCCUGAAUACGGCGCUGGACUUUUCCCUCCAAGCAGUCUGCUUGGGGGAUCACCAACCGGAUUUGGGUGCAAAUCCAGACCUAAGGCUCGUUCCAGCACAGCCCAAGAUGGAGAACUUUCUGGAGGGAGUAGAACUGGGCCAAUCCGCCCAAAGUCUUAUUUGUCUGUACAGAAGAGAGUUUUUGAGGGGGCCCGCUCCCCAUUUUUCACCAUGAGUGCCAAGUUAUGUACCAUUUCUGUCUCUCUCUAUAUGUCUUUAAAAAAAAAAUAAUUCUGGAGUUUUUGCUUUGAAAUGAAAAAAAGCAGGGUCAGGAUGAUCUUAAACGGUUUUGUCUUCAAGGGUGAUGAUGGUUGAAGAUGGAGGAGAUUCAGAAAAGGAUGGGAAAGAAAGAUUAGGGGGAAAGGAGAAGUGGGAAUAAUGCCUUGGUCCUUAUUGUUUGCAAACAUUGAAAAGCUCCUGAAAGCUUAAAGAUGGUGGAUGUUCUACCUUCUGAGGUGGAUUUGUUAAAAGAUUUCAGAGGCUGAA